AUGGAUGGAUGGAUGGAUGGAUGGUCACAACACAAAAGCCCACCCCUCGCGGCCGAACCCUUGGAAUCAAUGGCGUAGGCCCAGAGCGAUCCAGUUUGCCUCGUCUCCGCCUCCGCCCCCCGCCGCCGCAGGAAGGAAGGAAGGAUGGAAGCCCCGGGCUCCCCCUACGCCUCCUCGCCGGAAUCCGCCCCCAAGCGCGCCCCACGCUCCCCUCCCCAGCAGCAACCCUCCGAGGAAGGAGAUGACAAGGAGAAACCAACACAUUUGAGGUUUCUGGUGUCUAAUACGGCAGCAGGAUGUAUUAUUGGCAAGGGUGGAUCAACUAUUAAUGAGUUUCAGUCCCAGUCUGGAGCUCGUAUUCAGUUAUCACGUAACAAUGAGUUUUUUCCUGGUACAAAUGACAGAAUCAUCAUGGUUUCUGGACUGUUUGAUGAAGUGAUGAAGGCCAUGGAGCUGAUUCUUGAGAAACUUUUAGCUGAGUUACUUUCUCAGGGCGAAGAAUUCAAUGAAGCUGAAGUUAGACCUAAAGUUAGACUUGUAGUUCCUAACAGCACUUGUGGUGGAAUAAUUGGUAAAGGUGGAGCAACAAUCAAGUCUUUUAUUGAAGAAUCACACGCUGGAAUUAAGAUUUCACCACAGGAUAACAACUAUGUUGGUUUGCAUGAUAGGCUUGUUACUGUCACAGGAACCUUCGAAAAUCAGAUGAAUGCAAUAGAUUUGAUAUUGAAGAAACUAUCUGAGGAUGUUCACUACCCACCUAAUUUGAGUUCCCCAUUUCCAUAUGCAGGUCUUGCUUUCCCAAGCUACCCUGCUGUUCCUGUUGGGUAUAUGAUUCCACAGGUACCAUACAAUAACACUGUGAACUAUGGACCUAAUGGGUUUGGAGGAAGGUACCAAAACAAGCCCAGUACACCUAUGAGAUCACCUGCUAAUAAUGAUGGUCAAGAAUCACUCACCAUUGGUGUUGCCGAUGAACACAUUGGUGCUGUUGUAGGUCGUGCCGGAAGGAACAUAACAGAGAUCAUUCAGGCUAGUGGUGCUAGGAUCAAGAUAUCAGAUAGGGGUGACUUCCUAGAUGGGACAUCUGACAGGAAAGUGACAAUUACCGGAACAUCGGAAGCCAUUCAGACUGCAGAGUCCAUGAUCAUGCAGAGGGUGUCAGCCAAUUCAGAGAGGUGAUAAAACCGUGUCGAAGAAGGCCAUCGAUGCAUCCGAAUGCCACCGAGCUCAUGUUUGAUGCCAAGAUAUUAGAUGUUUUUUCCCCUAGCAAAGCUCGAGAAGUUUAAGUUGUUAUAAUUGUUGUUUAUUGUGUCCGAUCGGUUGUGUUAUGCUAGUAAACUGUAGUUGAUUAGCUGCACCGUUUGAAUUAAUUUCUAAAUAGAGCUAUAUUUCAUCAGGUUUGACUAUUUCCAUAACAAGACGCUUGUGUACUA